AUGAAGCUGUUGCUUUUGCUGCUCGUACCCAUUUGGGUUUUCAGUUUUUCUUCGUUUUCUUUUCCGGUCGAUGUGAACCCGCUACCACCAGCCGCCGCCGACCCUGUUAUUCCGACCGAAAAAGAUCCGUUUUUUAAGAAUCCCUCUGAUCUGAUUGCUCGUCCUCCAGAUGUUGCAGAAGUUAAGGUAGUUCACCACCAGGACAUAAACAGGAAAAUCCUUGUUGCACUUGUUGUCUCUUCAUCUCUUCUCGGGGGAAUAUUGUUGCUGGUGUCUUGUUUUUCGAUCUACAGAUUCAAAAAACUGAAGGAAAAUAACGAAAAAAAACUUAAAAAAUCAGAUCCUGUAAAGGGUAUCUCAAUUUUGGAUAAGUUCGGUUCGUUAAAAAUCGGUGGCCGAAAGGGUUCGAUUGCUGCAAUCGAGUACCAUAUGUUAGUAGCAGCCACGAAUAAUUUCGACGAAGCCAAUAUUCUAGGCGAAGGCGGAUUAGGCCGUGUGUAUAAGGCACAUUUCAAUGAUCGUUUUCACGCGGCAAUUAAGAAAUUAUAUGCUGGUGGGCAAGAAGUGGAAAGAGAAUUUCAGAAUGAGGUGGAGUCACUGAGUAAAAUUCGGCAUCAAAAUGUAGUUUCUCUAUUGGGAUAUUGCGUGCACGGCGAAGCUCGAUUCUUGGUUUAUGAAUUGAUGGAGAAUGGGUCUCUUGAACUCCACUUACAUGGACCUGCUCCUGGAUUAUCAUUAACUUGGCAUAUGAGAAUGAAAAUUGCUCUCGAUGUAGCGAGAGGAUUAGAAUACCUGCACGAGCGCUGCAACCCGCCCGUCAUCCAUCGAGACCUCAAAUCCUCUAAUAUUCUCCUUGAUUCCAAUUUCAAUGCCAAGCUUUCUGAUUUUGGCCUAGCAAUUACCGGAGGAAAUAAUUCAAACAAGACCGAUAUCAAGCUUUCUGGAACUUUGGGUUAUGUGGCUCCAGAGUACCUCUUAGAUGGCAAGCUUACAGACAAGAGUGAUGUGUAUGCUUUUGGUGUGAUUCUUUUGGAGCUUUUAAUGGGAAGAAGGCCGGUUGAGAGAGUAGCUGAAGCUCAGUGCCAAUCCAUAGUUACGUGGGCUAUGCCUCAGCUCACGGACAGAUCAAAGCUCCCGAGUAUUAUUGAUCCAGCCAUAAGAAAUACUAUGGACUUGAAGCAUUUGUAUCAAGUGGCUGCAAUAGCCGUGUUAUGUGUACAACCGGAGCCAAGCUACCGACCAUUGAUAACAGAUGUGUUGCACUCCUUUAUCCCCCUUGUGCCUGUAGAUCUUGGAGGAUCCUUAAGGGAUUCAACUCAUGCCACAUGUGCAUAG